AUGCACCCCAUCGCUCAGGUCGCUAGAAGGCAGGCCGCAGCCAGUCUUCAUCGUCAUGUUGUUCAACGAGGCUUUCACAUCUCGGCCACUUCCUCUGCCCUCACCAAAUUCCAGAUGCCCGCCAUGUCCCCAACAAUGACGGAAGGUGGAAUUGCGAGUUGGAAGAAGAAGGAGGGAGACUCGUUUGCGGCUGGAGAUGUCUUGGUUGAGAUCGAGACGGAUAAGGCGACGAUCGAUGUCGAAGCUCAGGACGAUGGUAUCUUGGCAAAGAUUAUCGAACAAGAUGGUGCCAAGGGGAUCGCAGUCGGAACACCCAUCGCCAUCAUUGGUGAAGAAGGUGAUGAUCUCUCUGGAGCCGACAAGCUAGCUUCGGAGCCCUCCAAAGCAUCUGCUUCUCAGACCGACCCUCCCAAGAAGGAUUCUGGAGCUGAAAAGGCAGACCCGGAGAAGGAGACUAAACCCGGUACUGCUUCUGGUCAAACGACCCCAGCUCUUCAAACACCAAGCGAUCAGACAAAGUACGGAAGCGGAGGCGGAACGGAUGCACCUAAAGCUCCUGAGAAGCCUGGUUCAGGCGGUGACAAGCCUAAAUUCUUUGCAUCCCCAUUGGCUAGAAAGUUGGCUUUGGAGAAGGGUGUGCCGCUUGGCGAGAUCAAGGGGACUGGACCACAGGGACGGAUCCUCAAGGGCUCUGCCUCUUCAGCCCCUGCCGAGUACGAGGACGUUCCUCUCACCAACAUGAGACGGACGAUCGGGAAGAGACUAUUGGAGGCCAAGCAGCAGAUCCCUCACUACCAAGUUACCGUGGAGAUCAACAUGGACCGUAUCAACAAGUUGCGAGAACUGUUCAAUAAGGCUGGAGAGGGUAAGACCAAGCUCUCAGUAAACGACUUCAUCGUCAAAGCGUCCGCCUUGGCUCUUGCUGAAGUGCCCGAAGCCAACUCGUCUUGGAUGGGAGAGAGCAUCCGAAAAUACUCCCGUGCCGAUAUCUGCGUCGCCGUCGCCACUCCCAACGGUCUCAUCACUCCCAUCAUCAAGGAUGUCGGAUCCAAGGGCUUAGCUACCAUCUCCGCGGAGACUAAAUCAUUGGCGACCCGAGCUCGUGAUGGCAAGCUCAAACCCGAAGAGUACCAAGGAGGUACUUUCACCAUCUCCAACUUGGGCAUGUUCGGCGUCAACGAGUUCAACGCCAUCAUCAACCCUCCUCAAUCUUGUAUUUUGGCCAUUGGAACAACGACUCAAAAGCUCGAGUUGGCUCCUGAGGAAGCAAAGGGAUUCAAGGCUGUUUCCGUCAUGAAGGCGACAUUGUCAUCCGACCACAGAACAGUCGAUGGAGCCGUCGCUGCUAGAUGGAUGAAGGCGUUCAAAGAAUACAUGGAACAGCCAUUGACAUUUAUGUUGUAG